AUGUUAGUAAAAUUGAUUAGAAAACAUUUGUUUAAUUCGAUCAUUAUAAAACGUUCAAUGGCAUCGAUAGGUUCAUCUGAAUAUUCAGCUUGUGUAACAACAGUGUCCACAGAUGAAGAAGCUCGAAAAUUAGCUCGUUCGAUUGUUGAAUCGCAUUUAGGUGCAUGUGUUAAUAUUAUUCCAAAUAUUCGUUCGAUUUAUGAAUGGAAAUCAGCAAUUCAAGAAGAUAAUGAAUUCAUUUUGAUGAUUAAGACAAGAAAAGAAUUUGUUCCGAAAUUAAUCGAAUUCGUUAAAGCGAAUCAUUCAUAUGAAGUACCAGAACUAAUUGAACUUCCAAUUAACAGUGGAAAUCCUGAUUAUCUUAAAUGGAUCGAUGGAAUUGUUAAACAAUAG